AUGACGUUACGAUUGUGCAGCCAGGGACAAAGAAGAGGCUUACAGCUAUUCGCUUUUCGCUUCUUUGGCAUCGACACAAUGAAGAAAAAUGAACGAUACCUGGACGUGCGAGGCUGCGCUCUGAAUUCCGGGGUUUGCUACAGUGCACUCCGCGCUGAGACGAUACCGUGGCGGGUCCGGCUCCGAUGCUGUGCUCGGAGACGACCCUCAUUGAGGUGUCAAGUACAACGACGGAAGCAUUUUAUCCGGUUUUGCUUAGAGAAGCCAUACAUUGUACUGCAGGAACGCAGCUUCAGAUUUCUCGCCGACGUUGGAGAACGGAAAUCCGUCGACCUGUCUCGGUAG